AUGCCAAAGAAACAAAAAUAUAAUGAGGAAAGUAGUGCUUAUUCGUCCAAACAGCAUAACUAUGCGGAAAGGCAGAAGUUAUCGCAUAAGUUUAAUUUAGUUUUAAAUAAUAGAGGUAACACAAUCAAUAGUAUUAGAGAUUUUACGAUUUUGGAUGCAUAUAAGCUUACUGAAAAAGCAUGGGAAAAUCUCACUGAAAACACAAUUAAAAAUUGCUGGAAAUCAACUGGAAUAUUACCAAAUUUUUUAAAAAAUGAUGGAAAUUCUUCUACGCCCAAACAUUUGGCCGGAACACCUACGAAUACCAAGAGUAUUUCGACUCAUUCCGAAGAGGAUUUCCAAUGUUUUUCCAUAUGA